AUGAGCCUCGUAUGCAGACGAUGGCACACAUACAUUGUGCAGCUGAACGAUGCAAUCUAUCUCGGACCAAUGGACACACUCGUUCAGAUAGAGCAGCACGCCUCGUCCAACAGAUACUCGCUCUUCCGAUUCCCAUGGGAAUUCAAUGCGCUGUACAUGCCGCUAUUCCAUAAACCAUCGCUCAAGAAGAACAGCCCGUCGCUAAGCGAGCUUCAGCUCGUGCAGUUGGGAAUCCACACAUUCAAAGGCCCGCUGGACUUCCUCUCGCUGCUCAGUGCAGCAGAGCGAGUCAUACAUCCACACACGCUCGCCCUCGGCGUGGUCAUUGACCAGGCUGGCAAGUGGCAAGAGCACCACGAGCGUGUCCGGACACGCGACCACCCGACACCUGACGCUCAUAAUAGAGUCGGAUGA